GGGGGAGCGGCUGCCGCUGCUGCCGGCGCUGCCUCCCGCGGGUGCGCGGCGCGGUGGCCGGAGCGGGGCGCGGAGCGGCGGCGCGGGCGGCCGCGGGUGCGGACCAUGGGCUGGCGGCUGCUGCCCGCCGUCCUGCUGGCCCUGGCGCUGGGCGGCCCCGCGGCGCGGGCGCAGAACGACACGGAGCCCAUCGUCCUGGAGGGCAAGUGCCUGGUGGUCUGCGACUCCAACCCGGCCACCGACGCCAAGGGCUCGUCCUCCUCGCCGCUGGGCAUCUCCGUGCGGGCGGCCAACUCCAAGGUCGCCUUCUCGGCCGUGCGGAGCACCAACCACGAACCCUCCGAGAUGAGCAACAAGACGCGCAUCAUCUACUUCGACCAGAUCCUAGUAAAUGUGGGCAAUUUUUUCACGUUGGAGUCUGUCUUUGUAGCACCAAGAAAAGGAAUUUACAGUUUCAGUUUUCACGUAAUUAAAGUCUAUCAGAGUCAAACAAUUCAGGUUAAUUUGAUGCUAAAUGGAAAGCCAGUCAUAUCUGCUUUUGCCGGGGACAAGGAUGUCACACGUGAAGCUGCCACUAAUGGAGUGCUGCUCUAUCUAGACAAGGAGGAUAAGGUUUACCUGAAAUUGGAGAAAGGUAAUCUGGUCGGUGGAUGGCAGUAUUCUACGUUUUCUGGCUUUCUGGUCUUUCCCCUGUAAAGUCCAUUUUCCUGUGACAUUCAUCCAGGUGUGGACUCAUCAUUGCCUCUGUUACAUGAAGAUCAUUUUAUCAUCAUGGGAUUGAUGUUUCUUUAUUGGUUUUUCAUGGGUGAAUAUGGAUUCUCUUUAUGGAUUUUGGCCCCAUCUGGACUACUCAGAAGUUUCACAGAAUUUUGUGUGUUUGUUUAAAUACAAUAUAUUUGGACUGAGACUAAAGCAGACAAUAAAUAUCUAUGCUUAAUGUUACAGUCUAAAGCUGCCUGCAAGAUUUAUUCAGAUUUAAUUUACUGGACUUACUGGAUUCGUGGGAGAAGUGGAUUUUCUUUAAUUAUGAAAAGACUGGCAACCAGGUCUAUAAUUUAGGAGAGUUUGAGUUCAGACUUCAAUCAAGAGUUAGUGUGUUGCUGCCAAAGAACUGUAUAUUGAUAUAUUGGUCAUACAUGUUUCUGUCAUUGGGACUUAACUGACAUGAUCUGUUCCAUUGUCUUGAGAAAGGUAAUUAUUAUUGAUAAGUGGUUGACUUUAAUUCUCCUCUGCGUGUAGUGUGUUGGAUGAUUCACCCAUAUAUUUAUGCUCUGUCACUGGUCACAAUCAAGUCUAGCUUACAUAAAGCUAAGAGGUUAUGGCUGUAUUUUAAUUGGAUAUGUAAGGUAUUCCUCUUUUCCCUGUGUUGUUUUCUAAAAAGAAAAGCAGAUUAUAAACAUUAAGAAAAAUAUUCUUACCAGGGUUAAAGGUGAUCAUUCAGGCACAACUUUGCAAAAGAGCUUUGCCCUGCAGGAAGUCUCACACUUGUUCUUCAAUUUUAAUUAACAUGAUUGAUAAUAACUGCUUUAUUAAAAACCUAAGGGAUUCCUUCCUUAGACACAACCACUUUAUUAGCUGGAGAUGAGAUCCCCUUGUUUGUAAUUAUGUCUAUUUUUCAAACCUUCUGUUGUGUUAAAGGUAUCAUCUGGUUUUGCCUUAACUCCACAACUGUAUAUAAUUUUAGAUCAUAUGUUUAGCAAAUAUUAAACCCAAAUAGCCGGUACCUAAUUUGGUGCAAUAUCUUUUCGGCUUUUUGUACAGAUCAUAUGAAUUCAUAAACUUAUUUAUUAUAUCAUUGUUACAUAAUAAAAAUUAAUACAUGUUAGUUGAAUUUUUGACCUUUGGAUUUUGGAAGUCACUUCAUGAUAUUUUUUUAUUGGAUAUAAUUAUUAUAUGCAAAGUGUAAGCUUUUGGGAUUCACAGAAACUGUCCUGGGAGACAGGCAAACUGUCAUAAUUUAGCCUGGCAGAAUCCUAGAGGUAAUCAGAAUGAGCUAGAAAUAACCUAUGCAUUUUAUUUAAAAAACCAUUUAGGCAGAAAUCCUGGCUUCACUGAAGUUAGUGUUAAGAAUCACAUUGAUUCCAAAGGAUUUUGGAUGAGACCUGUGCUUUAGGUUUUGCUGUCAGCAUUAAACUCCAGUGCCAUCAAUCUGAAUAUCAAUUAAAAAUGAUUUUCACAUGAACUGCUAAUGAAACCUUCAUCCCUCAUGCCCAAAAUGCACAAUGAAUUCAAUGGAUAUUUGUGCCUUGCAUAUCAUGAAGGAUAUAGUUCUAAAUUAAAAAAAUACUAUGUACUUGAGAAUGUUUCUAGAUGGAAGCAUAUCCAGCAAUCUGGGACCUUCUCUAAAAGCCAGCUUAGGCUUGGAUUUGCUGUUUUAGGUAAUCUGUUUCCAAUUUCUUCACUUGUUAGCCAAGUGCAGUGUAUCAUAUUGCUCUAACUGCUGUAAAUGGAUACUUCUCUGAUUUAAAGACUUGUGCAUGGCUGGCUGAUGCUCCUGAUAAAGGGAAUCAGUGUCACAGAAUUGUGCUGAAAUUCCUUAUUUCUCUGGACCCAACAUACAGGAUUUUUUUGGGGAAUUUCAGGAGGAUAGUUGGGUAUGUUUGCACCCCAGUGAAAUAGAUCAGAUGAGGAGGUCAUUUGUUAGAUACGGUAUUGUUUCUGCACAGAACACUGCAGUUUGGGAGAAAGUGGAAAGACACAGCAAGAAGGCAAAUUAUUUACAUCACUGAAAAAUAAAGUUUUCCAUUCUGACUAAUCAAAAUGUAUCACUAUUGUACCCCAAAAAUGUGUGUGUGUGUAUAUAUAUGUAUGUGUAUAUCUAAAAAACCUGGGGAUUGCAGCACAUAAUGUACAUGAUAUUAUAAAAAGUUUUUUUGUCAUAAGAGUUUAUUUCAGAGGGGAAUAUCAAUAUUUUGUAUAAAACUGGUAAAAUCUGAAAGUUCACCUUACCCACUGAUAUAUAUGUAUGUAAGGAAACAUUGUUCCUACACAGAUAGAAGAAAAAUGGCAUUAAAGGUGUCAGUAUGCUUUUCAGAAUGA